CAGAAAGGACUUUACUCCCUCUGCAUAUGAAGACUUGCUCUUUUUACUGAGUAAAGCAAAAACAAAAUGGAUUCAGGUAAAAUCGUCUAAAGGCCUCGAGCUGCUAUGACUCACAGGCUUUAUGAAGGUAAAGCUCAUGCAGCCACCUACUGGAAGUACAGGAUCUCUCCAUCAGAUCAUCUAAUGCAACAAGUGUUGGACUUUCUACAGAAGCAGGGAGGUGAAUUUGAGCUGGCAGUGGAUGUGGGCUGUGGCUCCGGACAGGGCACGCUGCUCCUGGCCAAACACUUUGCUUCUGUGGUGGGGACGGACGUGAGUCCUGCUCAACUGGAACUGGCUUUACAACAUGCUCACAAGCCAAACAUAACAUACAGUCGACAGUGUGUGGCUGAAGAGCUGCCUUUCACUGACAGCUCAGUGGACCUGGUGACCGCCAUGUCUGCGUUCCACUGGUUUGACAGGCCACGGUUCCUCCAAGAGGUCCACCGGGUCCUGAAGCCCCGGGGCUGCCUGGCUCUGCUCAACUACACUCUGAACAUGGAGCUCAGCUCCUCUGACGGCUGCUCGGACGCUCUCAACCACAUCUGCAGAGAGUUUUAUGCAGCUUUGCGUCCGUUCCGCAGUCCGCUCCUCGGUCAAAGCUCCAUUGAGAUGUACAGAGAGGCGUUUGAACUGAUUCCAUAUCCUGAAAAGGAAUGGCAUGGGUGUGUGUUGAACACACAACUGAUGCCUCUGUCCAGCUACAUGGGGCUGGUGGAGUCCUUCUCCUGUUAUCAGGCUCUGCUGAAACAGGACCCUCAAAGGGCCCACAAACUGUCCCAGGACAUCUGUCAGAGGUUGAUGUCUGUAAUGAAAGUGAGCUCUGCAGAGACGGAGGUGAUGGUGGAUGUAAAAUAUUUCUACCUUCUGGCCUGCAAACCCGAGGAGGCGUGA